GCUCAGAAACUGCCAGCCGAGAUCACAGGCUUUGAGGCUGAAGCUGGAGGAAUGAAGAACUGAAAGAAAAAGAGACAGGUUAGAAGCAAAGAGCCUUGUGCAGGAAACAGCAAAAAGAAAAUUGCUCAUUAUAUUUACAGAGAGGCAAGUGACGGUGGAGAAGAGGACAAAGGGAGAGAAGAUAUGAAAGCCAAAAAAUACAAAUAGAGCGAAAGAGAAAAAAAAAAAAUGUCAAGAACAUCCAGCCAGAGAAAUGAAGAGAAUGAAAGUUUUAUGCUGCAGAGCCGUUCUGUGUUUUUCCGGCACAAAAUUCUCUCGCUGUUUUUAAGCCCUCCUGCAUUUGCCAGCCGUUGAUAUUAAGAGGGAUGUUCAGCGGUGCCAGCAGCAUCUCUUCUUCCUUCUCCUCUUCCUCUUCAUCUUCCUCCUCCUCCUCCUCUUUUUCCUCCUCCUCAUUCUCCUCCCAUCAGCAAGAAGACAAACCGAGGACAGUCUUGAAAUAUCGAAAUUUCCUCCUUGGGAUUUGCCAGCGCCGCGUUGCGCCAAGACUGUCGGAAUAAAGGACGCUGACUAUUGUAUUAUCAUUAUUUUAUUAAUUGGUCAGUAGGAAGAUUACAGAUGAGGAAAGGGGACGUCUGUCACCUUUCCUGCGCUAAGAUUGAAAAAUUAGACUGGAUUGAGGACAGCUUUAAAAUGAAGCAAAAAGAAUAAGAUUUUUAAAAACCGAAAGGCAUAGGUGCCCCCCAAGUAACACACUUUUAUUUGUAUUUUUUUUGAGAUUUUUUUUUCCGUGGUGGUGGGGGAGGUUAUUGGGUGGCUGACUAGCUACUGGGAAGCAGCUUCCUUUCCUUUUGGAGAUGAUUGUGCUAUUAUUCUUUGCCUUGCUCUGGAUGGUGGAAGGAGUCUUUUCCCAGCUUCACUACACAGUACAAGAGGAGCAGGAACAUGGCACUUUCGUGGGGAAUAUCGCUGAAGAUCUGGGCUUGGACAUUACAAAACUUUCAGCUCGCGGGUUUCAGACGGUGGCCAACUCACGGACCCCUUACUUGGACCUCAACCUGGAGACUGGGGUGCUGUACGUGAACGAGAAGAUCGACCGCGAGCAAAUCUGCAAGCAGAGCCCCUCCUGCGUCCUGCACCUGGAGGUCUUCCUGGAGAACCCUCUGGAACUGUUCCGGGUGGAGAUUGAGGUGCUUGACAUAAAUGACAAUCCUCCCUCUUUCCCGGAGCCAGACCUGACUGUGGAAAUCUCUGAAAGCGCCACGCCAGGCACCCGCUUCCCCUUGGAGAGCGCAUUCGACCCAGACGUGGGAACCAACUCCUUGCGCGACUACGAGAUCACCCCCAACAGCUACUUCUCCCUGGACGUGCAGACCCAGGGAGAUGGCAACAGAUUCGCUGAGCUGGUGCUAGAGAAGCCACUGGACCGAGAGCAGCAAGCGGUGCACCGCUACGUGCUGACCGCGGUGGACGGGGGAGGAGGGGGAGGAGGAGAAGGAGGAGGAGGCGGUGGGGGAGCCGGCCUGCCCCCCCAGCAGCAGCGCACCGGCACGGCCCUACUCACCAUCCGAGUGCUAGAUUCCAACGACAAUGUGCCCGCUUUCGACCAACCCGUCUACACUGUGUCCCUACCAGAGAACUCGCCCCCGGGUACGCUAGUGAUCCAGCUCAAUGCCACAGACCCCGACGAGGGCCAGAACGGUGAAGUCGUGUACUCCUUCAGCAGCCACAUUUCACCCCGGGCUCGGGAGCUCUUCGGACUCUCGCCGCGCACCGGCCGGCUAGAGGUGAGCGGAGAACUGGACUACGAAGAGAGCCCGGUGUACCAGGUAUACGUACAAGCCAAGGACCUGGGCCCCAACGCUGUGCCUGCGCACUGCAAGGUGCUUGUGCGAGUGCUGGAUGCUAACGACAACGCGCCGGAGAUCAGCUUCAGCACCGUGAAGGAGGCGGUGAGCGAGGGCGCGGCGCCAGGCACAGUGGUAGCUCUGUUCAGCGUGACCGACCGCGACUCAGAAGAGAAUGGGCAAGUGCAGUGUGAGCUGUUGGGGGACGUGCCCUUCCGCCUCAAGUCUUCCUUCAAAAAUUACUAUACCAUUGUGACCGAGGCCCCCCUGGACCGAGAGGCUGGAGACUCCUAUACCCUUACGGUGGUGGCCCGGGACCGGGGCGAGCCGGCGCUCUCCACCAGUAAGUCAAUCCAGGUCCAAGUGUCGGAUGUGAACGACAACGCGCCGCGCUUCAGCCAGCCGGUCUACGACGUGUAUGUGACCGAAAACAACGUGCCAGGCGCCUACAUCUAUGCGGUGAGCGCCACUGACCGCGAUGAGGGGGCCAAUGCCCAGCUAGCCUACUCUAUCCUCGAGUGCCAGAUCCAGGGCAUGAGCGUCUUCACCUACGUGUCCAUCAACUCUGAGAAUGGCUACUUGUAUGCUCUGCGAUCUUUCGACUAUGAGCAGCUUAAGGACUUCAGCUUUCAGGUGGAAGCCCGGGACGCCGGCAGCCCCCAGGCGCUGGCGGGCAACGCCACCGUCAACAUCCUCAUAGUGGAUCAGAACGACAACGCCCCUGCCAUCGUGGCGCCCCUACCGGGGCGCAACGGGACUCCAGCCCGCGAAGUGCUGCCCCGCUCGGCGGAGCCGGGUUACCUGCUCACUCGCGUGGCGGCGGUGGACGCGGACGACGGCGAGAACGCCCGGCUCACCUAUAGCAUCGUGCGGGGCAAUGAAAUGAACCUCUUCCGCAUGGACUGGCGCACAGGGGAGCUCCGCACAGCGCGCCGGGUUCCAACCAAGCGCGACCCCCAGCGGCCUUACGAGCUGGUGAUCGAGGUGCGAGACCACGGGCAGCCGCCCCUGUCCUCCACUGCCACCCUGGUGGUUCAACUCGUGGAUGGCGCAGUGGAGCCCCAGGGCGGGGGCGGGGGCGGAAGCGGCGGGUCAGGGGAGCACCAACGCCCCAGCCGCUCCGGCAGCGGAGAAACCUCGCUAGACCUCACCCUCAUCCUCAUCAUUGCGCUGGGUUCAGUGUCCUUCAUCUUCCUGCUGGCCAUGAUCGUGCUGGCCGUACGUUGCCAAAAAGAGAAAAAGCUCAACAUCUACACGUGUCUGGCCAGCGACUGCUGCCUGUGCUGCUGCUGCUGCGGUGGCGGGGGUUCGACCUGCUGUGGCCGCCAAGCCCGGGCACGCAAGAAGAAACUCAGCAAGUCGGACAUAAUGCUGGUGCAGAGCUCCAAUGUACCAAGUAACCCCGCCCAGGUGCCCGUGGAGGAGUCCGGGGGUUUUGGCUCCCAUCACCACAACCAGAAUUACUGCUACCAGGUCUGCCUGACCCCAGAGUCUGCUAAGACCGACCUGAUGUUCCUUAAGCCUUGCAGCCCUUCUCGGAGUACGGACACUGAGCACAAUCCUUGUGGGGCCAUCGUCACCGGUUACACCGACCAGCAACCAGACAUCAUCUCCAAUGGAAGCAUUUUGUCCAACGAGACUAAACACCAGCGAGCAGAGCUCAGCUAUCUAGUUGACAGACCUCGCCGAGUUAACAGUUCUGCAUUCCAAGAAGCUGACAUAGUAAGCUCUAAGGACAGUGGUCAUGGAGACAGUGAACAGGGAGAUAGUGAUCAUGAUGCCACCAACCGCGGCCAGUCAGCUGGUAUGGAUCUCUUCUCCAACUGCACCGAAGAAUGUAAAGCCCUGGGCCACUCAGAUCGGUGCUGGAUGCCUUCUUUUGUCCCUUCUGAUGGACGCCAGGCUGCCGAUUACCGCAGCAAUCUGCACGUUCCCGGCAUGGACUCUGUUCCAGACACCGAGGUGUUUGAAACUCCAGAAGCCCAGCCUGCAGCAGAGCGGUCCUUCUCCACCUUUGGCAAAGAGAAGGCCCUACACAGCACCCUGGAGAGGAAGGAGCUGGAUGGACUGCUGUCUAACACACGAGCGCCUUAUAAACCACCGUAUUUGACACGGAAAAGGAUAUGCUAGUCAAUUCUACAGAACUUACCUGAAGCAGCAUGAUUUGCACAAAGUCGACCAACAAAAGCAUCAACUUUUCAACUUCAUUAUCUUGGCCAUCCAGUUAGUUGUGUGUGACUGAGUAUUAGAUUUCCAGCGGAGUCAUCGUGGCCAGUUAUUAGGACCUAAUUGCUCUCAGCAGGCCUGAGAAAUGAGUUGAAAUGUGCAGAACUGUAGAAAACUUCAGAGGCAACUGACUUUGCCUCUCCGAUCAGUGUGUGCCUGUUUACAGCACUAUAUAUCUCUCUCUCCAAAUGUCACUGAGCCCUUUAGAUGUUUAUAUUCACCACAAGAAGCCAGUCAUAAAGAUAAAGGAAAUUUGUGCAUUAUAAAUGCAAUAUCACUGUUUUAAACUUGACUGUUUUAUAUUAUUUUUGUGUGAUCAAGUGUUCCCCCAACUAUUCCAACUUUACAAGAGAGAUUGUGAUUAUGUUCUUUUCACCUGUGGGUUAUAAAAAAAAAAAAUGUUGUAUUCUGAAGACCCACAAUAUCAAAGACAUUCUGUAGUUUAUACACCGUGUUGCAAAGUGUUUACUGUACUAUUUCAAAGCUUCUAAAUAAAUAUAAAAUAUAUAUAUUAUAUUAUAUAAUUUUCCUAAAAUGUGGUACAAAUCAGUUGGUUUUUAAAUGGAUUCAUACAGUCCACAUCAUACAAUAAAGUGAAAGGUAAUUCAGGGUCGUCCCAAAGAUAAACUUACUAAGAAAAAGAUCAUUAAUAGUUCCUUCCCAGUUUUCAUGUCUUAUCCAACCCUGUUUUUCCUUGUUUAAAAGAAAACGAAGCUCUAAGCUACAAAAUUUUGUCAAGAACUCAUACUGAAUUUUCAAUGCCAAAGAUGUAGCUGUGGAUGUUACCAGACAGAGCACUGAAUAUAUGCUAUCAAAAUAUCAAACAGUCUAUAUGAUUCUGAUUCUAUUUCUAUGGCUUUGAAUUUAGAAUCACGUAAAGCUUUUAUAAAGAAUCUUUCACCUGUAUUUGUUGUUAGAAAAAAAAAAAAACUGGGUGUGUGUACAUUUUGUGGUGUAAAAUAUGUAAUUGAAGAUUACUAUUUUAAGAAGUCCUCCAUCAUAUAACUCACACAGAAUUUUAUUUUACAUAGUUUUACGUAGUUUUGUGACUCAGUUACACAGUAAUAUAAAAUAUAUUUAUAACUCUAUAUGAACAUAUAGAGAUAUAUAAGUAUUUGAACUGGUAAAGAAUAACCAUAAAAUAUAAAGGAUCUCUAAAUUUAAAACAUUAAAUAAAUUUGGAGAUACAUACAUGGUACAUUAUUGUUUCAGUAUUAUGUGUGAAAAUUUUCUAUCUUAACUGUAGUCAGUGUUUAUUAAUGGCAAAAUUCUUCAUGAGUCAUCCUUGAAAAAUCAAGCUUGCCUUUUACUUUUAUGUCAACAAAGUUAAUUAUUAAAUUCAGUAAGAUGCAGUUUCCUUCCUUUUACAUAUUUUUUUCCUACGGUGGUUUAUUGCUUACUGAAACACAAUUAGGAGAGGGGGUAAAAUGAGAGAAUGUGAGAUGAUUUCUAAGCAAAAAGUAAAAUUGUCACAGCUCCCCUCUUAAAAAGCAUUGAAUAUGAUAUCCCCAUAUGUCCCAUCCAAAUGACAGACCUAUUUUGAAUACUACCCUUAAUUUUAACUGAUAUUACAUUCAGUGUUAGUUUGAGCUGUACAAUGUUACUGAAGAAUAAACUAAAACUUAACAAA